AUGGGUAAAAAACAACAUCAAUCGGACAAACUUUAUCUAACAACAACCGAAUGGAAAAAUUCGUUUGGUGGUUUCAAAGGUACAACAAAGUCUAACGCCGAUUUCCGUCGUUUGCCAUUCAACUGUUGUAGUAUUUCAUUUCUACCAGUUGAGAAUCCAUACUGUACACCUAAUGGUAUCAUCUUUGAUCUUGCUUCUAUUGUUCCAUUUCUAAAAAAAUUCGGUCGCAAUCCUGUCACUGGUGAAAAACUCGAAGCAAAACAAUUAAUCAAAUUAAAUUUUCAUAAAAAUGCUAAAGACGAAAUUCAUUGUCCAAUUACAUUCAAAGUUCUUACAGAGAGUUCAUACAUUGUUGCCAUUCGACCAUCGGGAAAUGUUUAUAGUUAUGAUGCCAUCGAACGUUUAAAUAUAAAAACAAAUACAUUCAAUGAUUUAUUAACAAAUGAACCAUUUAAACGUGAUGAUAUCAUAACAAUACAAGAUCCGAAAGACUUAGAUAAAUUUAAUAUUCAAAAAUUUGCACACUUAAAAAAUGAAUGGAAAUUAGAUGACGAAGACGAAAAAGCACGUCGAACAGAUCCAAAUUAUUUUCUUAAAUCGAUUAAUCACGAAACAGCUGCAACACUUGAACAAAUGAAAACUACAAAAUUACCUGAGUUUGUUGAAAAAUCUGAAACAAGUAUUUAUUCAAAUAAACAAAUUAGAACAAAUCAACAAAAAUUAGAUGAAACAAAUAUGGCAACAUAUUCAACAGGACGUUUAUCUUCAUCAUUUACAUCGACAUCAAUGGAUCCAGUAACAGUUAUGGAAGCAGCUGUACGAGAUGAAAAUGAAAUUCGUUAUACAAGAAUUAAGAAUAGUAAAAAGAAAGGUUACGCACGUUUAGUCACAAAUGUGGGUGUCAUUAAUAUUGAACUUGAUUGUGAUUUGUGUCCACAAACAUGUGAAAAUUUUAUUAAACAUUGUGCAAAUAAAUAUUAUGUUGGAAGUCUAUUUCAUCGAUCAAUUAAAAAUUUUAUCGUACAAGGUGGCGAUCCAACUGGAACAGGUUCUGGUGGAAAAUCCAUAUGGAAUAAACCAUUUCGAGAUGAAUGUAAUUCAAAAUUACAACACACUGGACGAGGAAUGUUAAGCAUGGCUAAUUCAGGGCCAAAUACAAAUAAAUCUCAAUUCUUUUUUACUUAUCGUUCAUGCAAAGGACUUAAUGGUAAACAUACAGUGUUCGGAAGAAUUGUCGGUGGUAUUGAAACACUGAGUGCAAUGGAAGCCAUACCAACCGAUAAUAAAGAUCGGCCACAAUCUGAUAUUGUAAUUGAAGAUACAAUUGUAUUUGUGAAUCCGUAUGAUGAAGUUGAUGCAGAAUUAAAAGCUGAACGUGAACGACAAGAGAAACGAGAAGUUGAAGAAGAAAAAGCAACGGGAACAAUUCGCUCAGUAAAAUCAACAAAAUAUUCAACUGCAAAUGAUACUACAUCGACGAGUCAAAUAUUUCGAUCGGGUGUUGGAAAAUAUAUACCAAAUCAAGUCUAUACAAAUGCUAAAAAAGUUGCAGCAACUACUGAUGAAGAUAAUGAAUAUUCACAAAAGAAAAAAAGAAAAUUAGCUUCUACUAGUUCAGGCGGAACGUUGAAUUUUAAUCAAUGGUGA